AUGCGCUCCAUCCGGCUCCUAUCACUCGUUGCUCUACCCGCCGUUUGCGGCAACCCGUCCACCCAGAGCCCUGCCGGCUGCAUCCGCCGGACUCACAUUAUUCGGCCCUCAACUCCCAGCGAUUCGUGCCAUCAUGCUCCAGUCGGGAUUCGGCUGAUUCUCGGGCCCGUGCACUUCGGCAGUUGUCCUGUACUCUACUCUGUGCCAGUUUGA